ACAAGACCAAGCAAGCAUCCGAUCGACCUCGCUCGCAGAGCUGACCCUCUAGCGCCAGACCUCCCCAAUCCAAGCAACGCCCAGCCACAGCUCUCAUUCCGCCAUGUCUACCCACACCGUCUACCGCUUCGUCGAGCGCCGCGGCUUCGAGGGCCUCCAGGCCUUCACGGAGCCCAUCCCCGCGGUCGGGGAGCACGACAUCCUGGUGCGGGCGCGCAGCGUCGGGCUCAACUUCCGGGACAUCGCGAUCGCGACGGACAGCUACCCGCUGUCCGUCAAGGACCGGGUCAUCCCGUGCUCCGACAUGGUCGGCGAGGUUGCCGCCGUCGGCAGACUCGCCACCGGCUUCGCCGUCGGCGACCGCGUCAUGGCGCCUCCGGCCAUCACCUUCCAGGCCGGCGCCGUGCCCCCCGACCACGACACCUUCGGCGGCCCCGUCGACGGCCUGCUCGCCGAGUACACCGUGCUGCCCGCCCGCGCCACCAUCAAGCUGCCCAAGUCCCCCCACAGCUUCGCCGAGUGGGCCGCCUUCAUCGGCACCGGGGCGACCGUCUGGAACACCUUCUACGGCAACAAGCCGCUGCUGCCCGGCGAGUCGGUGCUCCUUCAGGGUAUGAUCGUUUUCCCUUUCCCGAGCUAUCUAUCCCCCCCCCACCCCCUUUCCCUCGAUGUGAGGUGAGAGGACGAAGAGAGAAUGGUACCUGCUGAGCGGAACCCCGGCUGACACGCAGUCUCUAGGAACCGGGGGCGUCUCUCUAACCGCCCUUAUUAUCGCCAAGGCCGCCGGCGCAACCACCAUCAUCACCUCGUCCAGCGACGCGAAGCUCGAGACGGCCAAGUCGCAGUUCGGCGCCGACUACACCGUCAACUACAAGACGCACCCGAACUGGGCCGCCGAGGUGCUGCGCAUCACCGAGGGCCGGGGCGUGGACCACGUCGUCGACAUCGGCGGCUUCGGGACGCUCG